AGGACUCAAAGAGUGGAGAGCAGCCAAAUCCAAAGCAAACGCACCUCACCCGCGGCCAGUUCUCACACCUCCUCGGCUCCUCCUCCUUCUCACCACACACGCUACCCGCUGCGCUUCCCUCCCUUGAAUUCCACGAGGGCGGCCAGUCCCUCCCGCGUGAGUUCGUGACGUGAGUGGCGUGACCCGGCCCUGAUCCGACCGCGCAGCCAAGCCAGCGUCUCCUCGGGGUCCCCCGCCCGCGGACGCCGGGAAUUCCGUGGUUUCCGGAGGCCCGGCCGGCUCUCUAACUAAGCCUCGUUGGCCCUUGUGGGCGUCGACGCAGAUAGAUCCAUCAUCCAUGGAGCUCAGCCCUGCGGAGCAUCAACUGUUCUAGUACAUCGUGAGGAGCUCUUUGUUUGUUUGGUUCGUAGCGGAAUUUCUGGGCGUUCGGCUUCGGGAAGAUGGCUGCAGCAGCGAUGGAGAUGUCCAAUCAUGCCCCGGGUAGUGCCCCAGGAAUCUGUAGCGAUGCACUAUUCCAUGAGCUAUGGCAUGCUUGUGCUGGCCCGCUGAUCACGGUACCUAGACAAGGUGAACGUGUCUAUUACUUUCCUCAGGGCCAUAUAGAACAGCUCGAGGCUUCCACAAACCAGCAGCUUGACCAGUACCUGCCGAUGUUCAACCUACCAUCCAAGAUACUAUGCAGUGUGGUGAACGUAGAACUCCGGACGGAAGCUGAUUCAGAUGAAGUUUACGCUCAAAUUAUGUUGCAACCGCAAGAUGAGCAAAGUGAGCUCACAAGUGCGGGUCCACCACAAGAACUUGAGAGAGGCACGAUACAUUCGUUUUGCAAGACACUAACAGCUUCAGAUACGAGCACCCAUGGAGGUUUCUCUGUUCUUAGGAGACAUGCUGAAGAGUGUCUUCCUCAGCUGGACAUGUCUCAAAACCCACCAUGUCAAGAGUUAGUUGCCAAAGAUCUCCAUGGAGCUGAGUGGCAUUUUCGUCACAUCUUUCGUGGACAACCUAGGAGGCAUCUACUUACAACUGGCUGGAGUGUCUUUGUUAGCUCAAAAAGAUUGGUUGCUGGUGAUGCAUUUAUCUUUCUGAGAGGUGGAAAUGGUGAGUUACGGGUGGGUGUACGGAGGCAUAUGAGACAAGUAAAUAACAUGCCGUCAUCUGUCAUAUCAAGCCACAGCAUGCAUCUUGGAGUUCUUGCAACAGCCUCCCAUGCCAUCUCCACCGGGACCCUGUUUUCUGUUUUCUACAAACCCAGAACAAGCCGAUCUGAGUUUGUUGUGAGUGUUAACAAGUACCUUGAAGCUAAGAAGCAGAACAUGUCUGUUGGAAUGAGAUUUAAGAUGAAGUUUGAAGGCGAUGAAGCUCUUGAAAGAAGGUUCAGUGGAACAAUUGUUGGUAUGGGGAGCACGCCGACAAUGCCAUCGUCUCAAUGGGCAGAUUCUGACUGGAAAUCUCUCAAGGUCCAAUGGGACGAGCCUUCAUCUAUUCUUCGUCCAGAUAGAGUUUCACUAUGGGAAUUGGAACCACUGGAUUCAGCUAAUCCUCAAACCCCUGAACCUCCAUUGAGGAAUAAGCGUGCAAGAGCUCUAGCUUCACCUUCUGUGGUUCCAGAUCUUCCUCCAAAUUUUGGACUAUGGAAGUCACCAUCUGAACCAAGCCAAACCCUCUCAUUUUCGGAACCACAACGGGCUCGAGAGUUAUUUCCCACUUCAAUCUUCUCAUCAACAAACGUUAUGUUCGAUCAGUUCUACUGGCCAGGAAGAGAAACAAAGGACGGCUCUUAUGCUGCAAGCACUAACAAAGUCACUGCUGAAAGAAAGCACGAACCAACAACUACUGGUGGUUGCAGAUUAUUUGGAAUUGAGAUAAGCUCUACUGUGGAGGAAACACAGCCCGUGGUUACUGCUUCAGUUGGCGAUCAUGACCAAACUGCUGCAUCUGUUGACAUGGACUCUAGUGUGCUCUCGCAGCCAUCCAAUAUCAACAAUUCUGAUGCCCCAGCAGGAAGCAGUGAGCGUGCUCUUCUUGAGACCCAAAGUCGCCAAGUUAGAAGCUGCACAAAGGUAAUUAUGAAAGGAAUGGCGGUUGGAAGAGCAGUGGACUUGGCAAGGCUAGAUGGGUACGGUGAUCUUCAUCGCAAGUUGGAGGAGAUGUUUGAUAUACAUGGGGAGCUAUGUUCCACACUGAAGAGAUGGCAGGUUGUUUACGCCGAUGAUGAGGAUGAUAUGAUGCUUGUUGGGGAUGAUCCUUGGGAUGAGUUUUGCGGCAUGGUGAAAAGAAUUUACAUUUAUUCAUAUGAGGAAGCGAAGCAGUUGGCACCUAAGGCUAAGACACCGGUCAUCGAUGGCGCCACCAAAUCUGAGUGGUGUGAACUCAUGACAUGAAUAAGUCACCUGUGGAGUGAAACACAGACCCAUGAAUGCUAACUUUCCUCUAAUUCUGUUCUUUGUUCUGUUGAUCAUUCGGGCAAAUGCCUAUGGUCCUUCACUAUCCUGGGUUGCUAGGGAGAGCUACUCAUGAUUGCUUCACAGACUAAAGGUGUUGUCUGGCUUCGUCUUGAAUUGUGACGGCUUUGGAUCUGCAGGGUCCUAUAUCAACAAAGAAUCCGAGAAGAGGCAUUCUGGCAUCACAUGCCGUUUCCUUGCCAGUUACUCGGUUUUAGGCGUGAGCUGGUGAGCCAGGGAUAUUGCCUUAGGCUUAGCCCCUACCUUUUGUUGCUGCUAGUAAAUAGUUGUAUGCAUGUAUAUAAUUAUUGCACGGGUAUUUGUGUGCACCGGUGUAAUCCAGCAAUUGUUACGUUUAGCAGCAGCAACCUUGUGGUGUGUGUUAGUGGCGAUGGUAGUAUGUUUCUUGUAGCAUUUAUACAUUCUUCCUUGUGAAAGCUAUAUGUACAUAUCUAAUAAGUAACGUUGUGCUUUCUGAUCUUUGA